UUAAUAUCUUAUGUACUACUAAUUCUAUACAUACUUCUUUGUUCAUAUUAAACCUGAUUCAACAUGCUGGUGGCAACUGACAGUCAACAGUCAUUAAGUAACGAAGUUUAUCGCGGACAUUGCAUAUCAGAAUGAAUACGACAAUACAAAACGCUAAGAAAAUGCUCUUCAAAGACGAAACCACGUACAGGACCGAUUACCACAAAUAUGAUAUACGGGAAUAUCCGAAAACACUCCACAAGGAGAAACUGUCGCAUCACGAGCGAGCGCUACCUACCUACAAGAGUUGUCACACCUUGAUCGAGUGGAAGGACCAGCGACCGCCGUUUAGUUGUUUUCAUGUGGCCAAAGAUGUAGUGCGCACCAAUCCCAAUAACGUUCAAAGACCUCAUGCUAAGCCUGUAGACUGUGAACGAGAAGGAGUCCAAAAAACACGCCCUCGCCUGGUGAUGACGCCAGCUGUCAGUGUGGAUGACAUCGAGGACUCGAGCGCGAGGGACAUUAUUAUAUCUGAUAUGUACAUGACUGAUAAUAUGAAGAACAUGAAGGUACACGUGAGCUCGGGUGCGAGUGAGGGCAUCAAGGCGCCCCUACCAGGUCGACCUGCGCCAGCUAACCCUAUUAUCUUCCCAAAAUAUCAACCUCCUUACGUGUCGCCGGAAUGGCGUAUGGAGUCUGUGACCUGGGAUCAAAAACAACUGAGAAGUCAUUGCGAUCCCACUCAGCGGUUCUGGCUCUUACAGGAGCUGCCUAAAUGCAAGAUGUGUGAAGAAUCUGCCGUGGUUGUCGCGCAUAGAAAAAUGUUAAGGAAUUUGAAACAUAACAAAGUUUGAGUUUAUUUCAUUGGCUGUUUUAAAAUUCCACCAUUUUAAUUUUCAUAAACCUCUGCAUUCUCUAUGAACCCUACAUAUUUUAGUAUAGAGUAUUCGUGUAAGUAGGUCAGGUCAAAUGCGUGACAUUUUAAGUUUUGUCUAUAUUAUUUACAGACACAUCCAAUUGUCCCAUAUUCAUGUUUAAAGUAUGUACUUAGUUUGUUAAUAUUUUUGUAUUUUGUAAGAUUUUGUCUUUGUUUUAGAAGGAAGUGAAUAGUUUUAUUUAUUUUAAUUUUGUGCUUAUUUUGUUUAAGAAAUGUAUUAAUUAUUAAUAUAACAAUUAAGAAUUA